CCCACAAGAAGGAGAAAAGGCUCCACCGUACAGCUUUUACGGAGCGAGCCAGAGAGAGAUGGAGAGGAGCUUGUUUUACAAAGACGUACUGCCAUUCGCCGCCAUGGUUGCAGCCGAGUGCGCCACCGUGGGAUCCAACACAGGCUUCAAAGCCGCCACCGCCAGAGGCAUGAGCUACUACGUCUUCACCCUCUAUGUCUGCGUCGCCGCCGCCGUCGUCCUCAUCCCUUUCGCCCUCAUCUUUCACAGAUCGCAACAGCUUCCGCCGAACAAGAUUUCCCUGUUCUUCAAACUCGUCGCCCUCUCCGCCCUCGGGCUUUCGUGCCAAUUGCUUGGGAACAAAGGAUUGGAGUUCAGCUCCCCCACUCUUUCAUCCGCCAUUAGCAACCUCAUCCCGGCGUUCACUUUCAUUCUGGCCGUCUUUUUCGGGAUGGAAAAGAUAGAUUUGAAAAGGAGCAGCAGCAUAGCCAAAAUUGUGGGGUCAGCAGUGUCGAUAUCAGGUGCAUUGGUAGUGGUUCUGUACAAAGGCCCAGUUGUGAUAUCAAACCCAUAUUCUCAAGGCCCAAAAGCGUUGGGCCUUCUCUAUCACAAUCACAAUCAACCUUUGGGCUCUUCUCAUCCACAGCCCAAUUGGAUAUUGGGUGGCCUUUGCUUUGUUUUUCAGUACCUUUCCACCUCCUUUUGGUACAUUCUCCAGACCCAAAUCAUAAAGACAUACCCAGAUGAGGUAACAGUGGUGGCAGUGUACUACAGCAUCCAGGCAGUUUUAACGGCGCCGGUGUGUUUGUUGGCAGAAACAGACAUGAAUGCUUGGAGGAUGACAAAUGCACUAAGCUUUGUGUUCAUACUGAACUCGGGUAUGAUGGGUCAGGCCUUUGUGGCUGCUAUCCACACUUGGGGACUCAGCUUGAAGGGGCCUGUUUAUGUGUCCAGUUUUAGGCCAUUGUCCAUUGCCAUUGCUGCUGCUAUGGGUGCCAUUCUUCUUGCUGAUGAUCUUCAUCUUGGAAGUAUAAUUGGAGCUAUCAUAAUAUCAGUUGGAUUCUAUGGCAUAUUGUGGGGAAAGGCAAAAGAGGAAGAAUUGAAAGAAUUAGAUGGCGGAUCUUCCUCAAAAGCUCCAUUGCUCCAAUAUUAUAGAGUCGAAGAUCCAUGAACACGAACACGGACACGAACACGAACAAAUGGAUUUAAUUUCCAUUUUUCAUUUUCUACUAUGAUUUCAUGUUUAAAAUAAUUUUUAUUAUGUGGUCAAAAUGUAACUAGAAAUGUUCAAAAAAUUCAAAGAUCCGACAAAAUUCGAUCAACCCAUUCGGUUUGAGUUGGUUA